AUGGAAAGUAAAGCUACAAAGGACCCAGACUUAAGACUAACACAUAAAAAUGAUGACACUGAGAAGAAAAGUACAUCAGCUCCAGAAUAUGAGGAAAGGCAACGUAAUGAGGCACAGACACAGUUUCCAGCAGCUACUCAUGAUAUACAACAUGAGAAGGAAAUACCUAGAGCAGAUUUUGAAACAGACAGUGAAAAGAUUAAGAGCGUAAGAGAAAAUUCAUUAAAAAAAGAUGAGCCGUUUCAUUUAUCUUCUUUGGCAUCUAAAGUGAGAAAUACAGAGACCACAGCAGAGAAAAUUUUGAAAGCAGCUACCCCAAAAUCAAAUGGAAUGGAAAGACAAGCCUCUCCAUCUCAAAUAGCUAUAAGUGAGGAACAAUAUUCAGAUUAUGAACAUGUUCAAAAUAUCAUUGAAAAUACUUAUGAUGCUAUCUUAGAAAUAUAUCAUUCUCAAGGAUCCACAGAUGAUUCACAUCUCCAAAGUCCCCCAAGUGAUAGGUCACUGCAGGUAAUUCAGGAGGUUGGCAAGGAUACUGCACAGUCUGUUUCAACAAAGGAUUUAUCCCUCUCAAUUAGCAAAAAUCUCCCUGCCAUGGAGAAAGAGGGAGAGAAAGAGAGAGAAAAAGAGAAAGUGAAAGUAAAGGAGAUUAAAAUUGAACCUAGUAAAACAAAUAGUCAUCAGUACCAACCAAAACAUAAACCUGGAAUUUUUCCUGCUAAGUUUUCAGAAGAUAUUAUCACUGAAAUGAUUAACAAAUUGAUCUUUUCUUCAUCACCAGAAACACAAAUGUGUGAAAGAUGUCAAAAUGUAAGUGAUGAUGAAAAUCAAACAGAACUGUAUGACACAGCUAUGAAACCUAUUGAUUCACUGUUAAAGGAGUUUUCCGAUGCUCAAAUUAAGGUAUUUAGAACAGAUCCGGAAAAUGAGUUUCUUCCACCAGUAGAAAACAUGUCAUCAUCAGUUCCUAAAGUACUUUCCGGGCAUAAAGAGUCAACUGCAGAAAAGGCAUCAUCUAGCAUUAAGAAAACUGUGGAUAAAAUUCCACAUAUGCACAAAAUGACUAAAACCUCCUCUUUAAACAAGAUACCUUUCCUAAAUAACAUACCAGCAAUCAAUCAAACAUUGGUCAACAAUGAUGUUCACUUCUCUGUAUGCAAUAUUUUGAAGGAAGGUAGGUCUCAAGACUCCAUUUGUAAGAGUAUAAAAACUAAUGAGGAAACUAUAGCAAGACAACUAACUAGUGCAGUGAUAAAUGAAAUUUUUCAAGAGCAGCUUAAUUUUGGAUUUUGUGAUGAGAUUCCAGCUUCAGCAUGUUUGCCUCUCGAAUCUAAGGAUCUUGUUAAAAAGAUCCAAAAAGUGGUUAAAAGAGCCAGCAAAGAAUGUCAGGCAUUGUCACCAUAUACCGUCAUGCUGCCUCAUGAAUUUUUAGAGAAUGUGAUUUCUGCUCUCUUAUCUAAAAUUUUCUCAACUGUGUCUAACACCAAAGCAGAAACAUCUGAGGGCAAACAGUUCACAAAACUGGAUUUCCUUCAAAUGAAGUUAUUAAGUACAGUUACAACAGAGAUCUCCAAAUAUGAUGAUAUGAUUAUACAGUAUGUGGACUCCUUACAUCCCAAUGAUGAUGAAAUUAUUCAAUUAGUGGUUCAUUCUAUUUAUAAAAAUCUUUUGUCACAGUAUGGGUCACAAGAGAUUAUACAAAAUUGUGUAUCCAGUGGAUGCAGAAUCCUUUCCAAAACCAUAGUUGAGUUGAUUCUAAAAGAAGUGCCUGGCAAUCAGCUGCAGAACUAUUUUUCUGGAGAGCUAACUCCAUAUCAGUGUUCAGAAGUUAACUACAUUGUUGAAAAUAUUCUGAAAGAAGUUAUCACAACUGCUGAUGCUCCCCAGCCUCAACCACUUACUCAUAUACUGCCUUAUGAUGUAAUAGAAGAAACUGCUGUAAAAUUUUUAUUGAAGCUUUUAUCUAUGUUUCCAACAGUAGAUAAGGAAAGAACCAAAUCUGAAGAAACUGAAAUGCAAAAGAUAACCUCAAAAAUAUUAAAUUCAAUACAAGAAUUUAUCUCCAAAAGUAAAAUUAAACUUGUAUUACCAGCCAAGGAAUUGCCUACUAUACCUUCAGCUGACAAUGAAACUAUUGAAAAAAUAGUUAACUCUGUUUAUACUAGUGUUUUAAAGCACUCUGGCUCACACACCUCUAUAUUGAAAGAUUUAAUGGAUAAGAGCAAUGCCCUUUCUGAUACAAUAGGUUUUUUAAUGGUGAAGGAAAUUUCCAUUUCUGAAUUUCAACCUAAAUUUGAGGAAGAAGUAUCAAAUUCAGAAUUAGUUUGGGAAGCUGUCAAAAUUAUGGAAAAAGUGGUCAAAACUGUUGAUAAGUUUAAGUCCCAGGAAAGGUCUUCAUCCAAAAAAGGUCCUAUGUUAGAUACUACAACUUUAGAAGAAGCUUUGGCUUUGUUCUUGGCUAAAAUUGUAACAUUGCCAAGUGUCUCAAGCAAAGAUGCAAAAAACUUGUCAAAGCCUGAGUUAAAUAAAAUUGCAUCUCAACUGACAAAAUCUGUAGCAGCUGAAAUUUCCAAAAAUAAUAUUGAUCUAGUUUCUGCUGAUCCUGAAGAACACUUUUUAAAUCCAGAAAGCAUAGAAAUGAUUUCUCAGGUUAUUGAUUCUAUUUAUAGUGAUAUACUGCAACAAUCUGAAACGCAUAAAGAUCUUUAUUAUGACAUAAAAGGUACAAACAGAGCCUUCCUUAAGAAAGUGGCUAGUUUAAUUAUUAAUGGAGUUUCAAAUCUUCAAUUAGAUACAGUUAGGUUAAAGAAUUCAAGUGCUGAUGUCUUUGGAGAUCAAGCCAUUAAUAGAAUUGUUCAAAAGGCACAGAAGUAUGCUGACAAAAUGAUCCCUGACUUAGAAAAAGGAGAGAUCAAGAUUCAAUUGAAGAUGUGUUUCCAAUUAAAAUAGUCCCACAUAUUAUGAAGAAGCCAAUCAAAAUAGAUCCUGACAUUAUAUUAGAACACUUAGCAGUCAUUUCUAUAAAAGCUCAACCUCUUGAAAAACUUGAGAUGGACUAUUUAAGAAAAUUGGACAUAGCAUAAAAGAGCUAAGAAGUGCAUCAAUAAAUAGGAGAAGUGUCUCUUCAUCAGACACAUCUAAUUUAGAAAAGAUAAAGAAAGGAAGACAUAUUCAUUGACUAAGGACGAUUGGAUAUAAAACCCCGAGAGGUUGUCAGCAGAAAUUCAUUUCAGAAUAUAAGAAAGCCGGAUAUCACCAAGGUGGAGCUUCUAAAAAAUGUUCAGAGCAAAAAUGAUCUUAUCAUUUGGCUAGUAGCUCAUGAUAUUGAGCAAGAUUUGGAAAGUAACAUAGAAGAGGGAUUGAUGUCUGAUGAAGAUGAAGUUGCUUUAAGAGAAGUUAUACAAAAGAAAUACUUAGAAUAAUUUGAAGAUCACAUGAAUGAAGCCAGCAGAAAGCAAAGCUGUUUCUCCCAAGCCAACACUAAGCAUAAACGGCCUGAAAAAAUUUUUGUCAUCAGGCAAACGCUGUCAGCCCACAUCCAGUGUGAGUAUUGAAAGUAUUGAAACAACCUCAAAUCAUAUACUAGAACAUAAGGAGAUAAAAGUUAAAAGAGCUGUUACUGAGCUUGACUUGGCCACCUACCCAACAGUCGUGACUGAAACUGCCUCUUUUGGUGAGAAAAAGCUACAGUGUAAGGUGAGAAACAGGACUUUAGUGACUAGAUAUCUAUGGAAGGAGCAGAGGUCUUCAGAAAUUCUAUCCAAGAAUGUACCUUGUUUAGGCAGAAAAGAAUACUAAAAAGGUUCCAGUCUCAUCCUAAGCCUGGUAAUAUUGAUAGUAUAUGAGAAAUCAUUCACAGAUAAACCCAUGAAAUUCAACUGAAGGAGAGCAGAUAAUGGAAAAAGAUCUAGAUUAGUUGGGAGCCCAAAGAAAACAAAACAGAAACCAUUUAUGGAAAUGCAAGAUAACUAUUUCAAUCUAUUAUUUAAUAGAUUCCAGCCCUUUUGUAUUUUGGCUGAUAACUACCCAAUAUGAACAUUUUAUAUAGUGAAGUCUUACACAGCUAAGACGAGAGCAGAAGGUAGGUCAAAAUAAAAGGAAAAAUUUUAAAAAUUG